UUUUCUCAGAACCGAUGCCUCCGAUUCUGCUUCCUCCCCGGUUGAUUGCGUUUGGUCACGAGCCUCGCGGCGAGAGGGUCAAUGUGUAUCAUAAGAUGAAAACCCUUUGCGCUAUCUUCAAUGCUCUCGACGAUGGUGAACGGCAGUUCCUUUCUCGAUCCACAUUCGGUCAACUAUUGGAGUUUCCUAACAAACCUGCCUGGUCUGCGAGCUUUGGGAUUUUUAUAUUGGGUAGACAGUUGGAGGUGGCGAAGCCGAACGAGAUUUGGGUGCUCUUUGCCGGAAUUCCUAUUCGUUUUUCAUUGAGAGAGUUCAAGAUUGUUACGGGUUUACCUUGUGGGAAGUAUUCGGCUUUGAAGAAGAAAAAGAAGAAAGGCACUGCGGGGAUGACGAUUCCAUUUUACAGUAAAUUGUUUGGCCUUGAAGAAGAUGUAACUGUAGACCGGGCUAUCACGAUGUUGAAGAAAAGGAUUAUCUCCGAUGCCGACAUGAGGAUCCGAUGUGCUUGCUUAGCGAUUGUCGAUGGUUUCCUUGUCCCUACCUCUCAUUAUCCUAAGAUUGUUAAAGCUCACGCCGAAAUGGUUGAAGACCUGGAUGCAUUUCUUGCUUACCCUUGGGGCCGUCUCUCUUUUGAGAUGAUGAUUAAGUCGAUAAAAGAGAGGGAAAUUGAACAAUUAGCAAUUACUUGUUUUAGCGUUCAGGGGUUGUUAUACGCUCUGCAAUUGGUUGUCUUACAGGCAGCUCCAUCUAUCCAAGAUGGACCUGUAAUUGAUGAGAUCAUUGAGUCUGAAACUGAAGCCGGCGAUGUCGAUGUUGAAGAUGCCCCUCGAGAGUCUGUCCCUUUCAAGCUAGGGAAUGCUAAAGUGUUGGAUAAGAAAUGCUCGAUUUUUGUUGAUUCCAUUAUUUGUCCUGAUUUUGUGUUGGAUCCGGAGGAAGAUUUGUCUUGGUCUGAUGAUGAGGAAGAUGAGAAGGUCGAUAAUAUUAUGAUGUUUUUAGGUGAGGGUCUGAUUUUCAAGAAUGACAUGUUUGAUGGUGGAGUUAUCCCAUCCCAGUUGAAAUUGGCUUCAAAAAAACAAAAGCGUGGUGGUAAAUCCAAUGGUAGUCGCACUAGGAAAGCUGCCAAACUAACUAAGAACGGUGGUGUUAGGAGCAGACAAGAAAGACCUAUCCCUGAGGAAGGCGGGAAUUCAGGGGUUCCUUCGUUGGAGUCUAUUUCCCUUUUGUUGGAUGCCAAACUUGAAGGUCAGGCUAAAAAAAUCAUUGCCGCGGUGACUGAUUGGUUCACUAAAAACACUGUUAUUGAAGGCGAAACCUCGAAAGAGCCUGUCAGUGGGUCUACUCGUCCUAAGAAGGCUGCCAACAAUGGUAACGAUGGUGUUUCUAAUUCUGAUGGUCUUGGUUCCAAUGGUGGUAAUGAUGAUUUUGGAUUUGAUCCUCUCCGCUCCUCCCGUGGACAUGCUCGGUCUCAUAGCCGCGAAGGAACUUCUAAUGUCGAUGCCACUGUUGAUGAAAUUUUAUCUUUCUACUCUGAGAAAGUUCCAACUGGUGUUGGUUGCAAGGAGGCGGGGGUAUUUUUUUUUUUUUCUUAUUAAUUUCUGUUUUUGUGGGUUGGUGGCUAAUUUCCUGAUUAUGG